AACGGAAGUGCCGAAAGUGUGGAUACCUUGGACUACGAGCCGCCCCCGGUGCUGCCACCGCGGCGCCCGCCCUGGCCGUCCAACAGCCCGAGCAGCACCGCCUCGAGGUACAUCGGGCAGCGCACCGCCACCAUCACCACCACGUCUUCGCUGACACCGACGGCGGCUACGACGACUACCACGUCGACGACACCACUGACAACGACGCUAGUACCAGCGCCGUCCGUGUCCCAAGGCUCAACGACCUCUUCGUCUGCGCGAGUGUCGCCGCAGCCGCCACCACCCUUGACGCCGCCCCAGUAUCCUGCGCCUCCACGGCCCCCUAGUCGAAACGGUGGGGAUGAAGCGCGUGUCGCGAGGGCGAGAGGAAGCGGACGCGGAGCAUUACCGAGCAUCAUCCUCGCUAAUGGAACGCCCUUGCCGAGAGUGCCACCACCUCGCGCGGGCUGGGCAGUGCGGAUCAACGAGACGACACAUACUACCCCAACUCAAUCAACUCAUCUUCAUCAACAACAGCAGCAGCAGCAGCAGCACCUUCGCAACAACCAUAUAUCGAGUCCAGGCACACCGAGAGCCAUCGAACAAUGGGCUAGCGAGCGGGCAGCGUCGUCGGCUUUGUCGGUUCGUGGUUGCACAUCACCAUCUUCACCAGAAGUACCAAGGAGAUCUGGAACAGGAUCAAGAAGAGUGGUCGCGUCGUCGAAUCGUGUCAGAGCAGGAGCAGGAGCAGGAUCGGCUGGUAGCGGCGACGAAGAAGGUAGAGGAGGAAGCACAGGUAUCGCCGGUGGUGUCAAUUUCGCGAGUGAUUGGCAGGAGGAGGAAGAGCUGGAGGCGAAGAAGAAGGAGGAGCAGCGGAAGCGUAGCGCGGAUUCAGUGGCGCGUUGCCAAGCCGAGCAACUUGAACUGAGAGGUCGGCCGAUGUCGCAGAACAAUGCGAUAUCGCCGCUAUCGCGGCCACCCUCCUCGCAGCAGAGUACGAACGUCCACGACGCCACCACCGACGCCGUCCUCGACGGCAGCAACACCGACGACGGAGAGGCGUAUUCGGUUCAGCAGGGCCGCGUGCACGAUCACAGCCGGCCGUUUCCGCCGCCGCGAUUGCCAACCGUGCACACCACCGCUACCACCCUGGCGACCGCCCCGCCGCAUCCGUCGAACCAGAGCCCAAGAACGCUGCGAACCGCGCCUCUCAGUCCUCUGUCGAACACUUUCAGAAGCAGACCGCGAAACACGGAUGCGUCCAACGAGACGAACACUAGGGGGCUGUUGUCCACCGACAGGAGUCCGCCAAGGAGUCCUAUCGGCGAGGUGAGUCUGACCGUGCCACGGCCGGACGGCGAGAGGACCAUCAACGAGUACGUCGAGGCGCCGUUCAAGCACUGUGCUAAUCAUCAGGAACGACGUUACGACGAGGACAAACGGGGCGUCGCCGAUUGCCCGAAGAUCGACAGGAGACACCACCGACAGAAAGGUGCCGCAGACGCGUCCGUCGCGGCGACGCAUCGGCUGCACGCGACCCGGGCCCAAGCGUUCCGCGCGUUAAACGCGAACGCGACCAACGCGGCCGCCUCGGCCGGCUCCGUGAACACACCGACGACGAACCCCGUGACGAAACAGCCCGUCUCGUUCACUAAGGAACCCGCGAACAGCCUCGCCUCCAGGACUUACGACCCGGCCGGUCUCUCGAUAAUGUGCAAUUUCUGCGGCCGAUGCCGCUGCGAAUCCUGCCGGGAACCACCGCCGUUGCCCAGCAAAUGGUUGUGCGACAACAAGUGCUUCUGCUCCGCGGACACUAUCCUCGAUUACGCUUCCUGUCUGUGCUGUGUGAAAGGACUGUUCUAUCACUGCAUGGACGGGAGCAGCGCGAGCGGGAUCGACGGCGAAGGGGUGGGUAGCUGCGCUGAUGAGCCCUGCUCUUGCACCGGCAACAAAAGGGCGUCCAGGUGGGCCUGUCUCAGCGCCCUCACGCUCGUCAUGCCCUGUCUGUUGUGCUAUUGGCCGUUCAAGGGCUGCGUAGCGUUGUGCGAGCUCUGUUACGCUCGACACGCUGCCCAGGGGUGCAGGUGCAACCCUAACACGCUCGGGAACGCCGGCAAUAGGCAUCAUCCGAUCACCAACGACAUCAGCGACUCGAGGGACCCCGAGAAGAGGUUACUCGAUCCGGUUACCCCGGAACUCUAACCGACCAAUCUUACAAUUACAGACUUGUUGUACAGUUGUCGUGCUGUUGUUGUCGUCGUCGUCGUCGUCGUCGUCGUCGUUGUUGUUGUCGUUGUCGUUGUCGUUGCUUCGUCGAAACGGUUUUUUCCAAGGCGAUUCGAUUGGACGUUGAAAAAUAAGUCGUGCACACAGGGGACAGGGGCCGCAAGCUGGACUCUAAUAGGGGUUAUCGAACAACACAGGGAGCAAAGCGAAUCGCAUUAAGUACAAGAGUUGCAUUUAAGUCGAGAAAACGAUGUCGAAGUUCUGGACGAGUUUGUACGUCUGAUGUCGCGAGUGUUUUAUUUAUUAUUCUUCCAUAAAGAGCGCGAGAGAGAGAAAGAGAGUGAGAAUGAGGCGGCGGGAACACGCGAGGAAAGAAUCGAUGGAGGAAAUUAUACGCGUAUUAAGAAACAGAGACAUACCACUUACGUAUAGACGAUAGCUCUGUACACGAUAAAUACGUAUAAAUAGUACGCGCACACACAGGUAGUAAAUGGGAAGAAACUCGAGAACGAGAAUGAACGAAAAGUAUGCUUGUGUGAAAGAGAGAGAGAGAGAAUGAUUUCUAGAUGAAAACCACUAAAGUAUAUUAAAACGCGAUCCAGGUACACGCACCUGUACACGAAGUUAGCGAAAUCAGCCGCGCGUGUGGGAAUACGCGUGUACACGUACGUGUGCAUAGCUAUAUAUAGAUAUAUAUGUAUAUUGUAUAUUACAUUUGUAUAAAGAGCAAACAAUUUUUUUUUUUUUUUUCUACGGUUAAUUUAUUCGUUGGCUGAAUCGGCCAAGUAAGAUAGAAAGAUAUUCACAUAUUAGGGAGGCACGCGAACGCUAAAUGUACACGAGAUGUUUGAACUCGGAUGUAGUAGGCGUGCUGGUGUGUAUGUACGAACGCGACACGAGGAUCGUGAACAGAGUCUUUGGAAAAUCGUGUGUUUCCUGUCGCUUUACCGCUUGAAUCAUCGAGAAUGGAUGAUAACGACAGAGGAACGCACACGUAUAGACAGACGGGAUGUAGAAGAAGGAAAGGGAAAGAUGUGUGUACGUGUGUACGCGUGUAGAUGGUUCUGAAAAGAAGCAUUGUUCGCGUUUUCCUUCGCUCGGUACACGAUAUAUACGCUUUUAUACUCGUUAACACUGGAGUCGUAUCGAGCUGUAUGACACGAGAUCGAGAUAGUGCACGCUGUAUGAGAGCGAGAACGUAUGUAAGAAUGUACACUUUCGUACGUAUGUGUUUGUGUUUCUGCAUGUGUGUAGACGGCGAGAAUGCGGGCAGAUGGAAAAAGGACAAUUGCGUGGGGGGGUUGGGGGGUGGGGGAGCAUAUGUGGCGAAGAGAUCGGGGCACGCGUGAAAUCUGCUCCGUUCUACUUGUACGUACACGCGUUCGAGCGUCCUUUCCAUUUUGUUAAUUCUUUUCUUUUUCCAGUAUUAUCUAGUCGUGCAAGUUUUAUUAAAUAACGUUUCGUAGGAUCGGGCCAAAUGGAUGUGCGUUUUUGUUAGAUCGUUUCAAGUGAAUGGAAGGAAACGCGUUUCACAGAACCGAGCCUCUUCGAUCAACGAGCCGAUUAUCUUCGAUAUUCGAGCCUCUUCGAUCAACGUAAGUUUCAUUAUCCUGUUCAGUCAAUUUUUCGAGUAUUUUUACAAAGAAAUUAAUUAUUUAUCAAGUUUUAUUAAUCACAACGAAUACCACGGUUAAAGAAUUAAGACUUUGAAGACUGCUUUUUGAAACUUUUGAUAAAUCUAUUUUUAAAACUUGAUAAGUAAUUUCGGAAUAUUUCUUUUUCUGGCUCCAUCCUGAAUCGAUAUCUAUCGCGAAAAGUAUGAGAAAAAUGAUUUUUCUUCCGAUUGCUCGCUCGGCUUCGUUCCUCGCGAAGGAAAGCAGCGAGAAGAACAGAGAAGAAUUAAAUGCAUUCUCUGCUAAGAAAAAAAAAAAAAAAAAUGUAAAUUUAUCGAAUCUCUGAACAUCCAUCUUUUUAUAUCAUGAAAUCGAUCAAUACUUUAUUUUAUAAAUACACGUAAAACUACCUUUUGUAUCUUUUAUACUUUUCACAAAAUUUCUUCACGGUGAUUGAAGAAUCGAAGGCUGUUCAUUGAGAUUCGUCAAAUUUCAUAACAAAAUCAUCAGCAAAAUGUUAAUCAAGGCUUCGAUCGACGUUCUGUGCAUACCUAUUCGCGUAUACGUAUGUGUAUGUAUGUUACAGACGUGAGUUUUUUGUGUGUGCGCGCACGCGUGUCUCGCCAAGCGAAAGAAAGUAACUUCUUUUUUAAUUAAUAUUAACUCUAUAUGCUCUGUAUAUGUCUUGUAAAUAUAUACAUACAUAUAUAUAUAUAUAUAUAUAUAUAUAAAUAUUAUAUAUACACACAUACGUAUAUAUAUAUAUUUAUGCAUUUUUUUGUUUAACAUAUUCGAAGCAAGUAGUUCGAGGAACAGUCAAAAUUGUCUACGAUUAUAAUUCGAACCUCCGAUUAAUUUAGGAAUUGUUGAUCUUUGCAAUCGCGUUUAUUAUAAAAAAGAAAUAUACAGAGAUCGUUCGAUAGAUUCCACUUCAAUUUCAAUUUUUGUUUUCUUUUUUCAACGUUGCAGAACUGAAGAUAAAUAUAGCAAACGCUGCAAAUGUUUAUAGGAUAUAUUGACAGGUUAGUCUCGAAAGGGUUAAAUUUUCACUUAGAUUUCAAAUAGAAUUUUAAAAGAUUGAAAAUUAUCAGAAGAAAGUUAUUAGUCGUCAGUUUUUUUUUUU